AUGAACCUACGGAAUACAGAGUAUGAAAUUUCCAUCAAUCGGUAUACUGAUAAUUAUGAGCAGUUUGCAUUUAAUCCACCACAAACAUCACUACGAGGUAAAUUCUCUCCUUCGUUUUCCAACCUUACUCAUCUUCAGUAUCUUGAUCUUGCCUUCAACGAUUUCCAAGAAUCACAAAUCCCGCUUCAGUUUUCUAAUCUAACAAAACUCACGCAUCUUGAUCUCUCCAAGUCGAACAUUUCAGGAUCAAUUUUGACACAAUUCACCAAUCUAUCUUCCCUUAAGUACCUUGAUUUGUCUUCCGGUUAUGGAGUACACUUAUCAUCUACAAAAUGGUUGGGAGGGUUAAUAAAUCUCCAGGUAUUAAGAUUGAAUAGUAUUGAUUUGUAUGAGGCGACGUCGUCAAAAACAUAUUUUGCUGAACACAUAUCUCGUCUUUCCAAUCUUAAAGAUCUCCAAUUAUCAAACUGCGGUAUAUCUGGCUCAGUUUUCCCCAUCCAAGAAAUUAACAAUCUUUCACGUCUAACUUUUCUCGAUAUAAGUAACAAUCAUGAGCUUAAUUCCUCAUUCCCAGUACACCUGGCUAAUUUAACCUCACUUUCUAGUCUUUACUUAUCAGAUUGUAAUCUUCAUGGUUCAGUUCCAUAUAUGCCUCAACUUAAAGUGCUUGGUGUGGGUGGGAAUACUGAUCUUAAUGUCGAUCUUACCAGAACGUUUGAACGUAGGUGGCCUAAGCUGCAACUAAUUGGAAUAUCAUUAACCAAAGUAACCGGACCAUUUCUGAAUUUAAUUUCAAAUGUGCCGUUAUUGGAAUCUCUUUUUGCCUCCGACUGUUCAAUUCAAGGAUCUAUACCAAAGUCAAUUUGCAAACUCGCUUUUCUUCGAGAUCUCAUUUUGCGCAAUAACAAUUUUACUGGAAGGAUAUCAAGUUGCAUUACCAUGCUUAAACACCUAAAUCAAUUAGAUAUUAGUAACAACUCUAUCGGGGGCGAUGUGUCCCUGCCUUCUUUUAUUAGCAAACUAAACCUCACUUUUGUAAACCUGAGCUUAAACAAGCUUAAGGUAUCAACAGAUCAACACUUACAUUUUCACCACAAACAUCAACUUAAGGAAUUAGGGUUGGGGUCAUGCAAUCUGACAGGAUUGUUUCCAACUUUCAUUUGUAAUUUACCUCAUCUUGAGGAUUUAUAUUUACCUGAUAAUAAUUUGAAUGGAACUAUCCCUUCUUGCAUCCACAAGCUAAAAAAUCUCCACACCUUAGAUUUGUCAUACAACAAUCUUCAGGGUCCUCUUCCAGUUCUACGUCAAUAUGUGGAGUCAUAUAAUCUAGCACAUAAUAAAUUUAAUGGUGAAAUCUCAAUGGAAAGCGGGAAAAGUCUAUCUACAAGUUUCUAUCUUUUUCUGUCCGAUAAUGAACUUACAGGCUCGAUACCCAUUUCUAUGUGCUCCAAAGAACCUGGAGUACGCACUAAUAUUCAGUAUCUUGAUCUCUCCAACAAUAAACUAUCUGGGUUUAUACCUCCGACAAUAGGGUACUGUAAUUUUCUUGAAUAUCUAAACCUCGGUACCAACAACCUCACUGGAAAUGUUCCACAAGAGCUAGAACAAAUAAAGAAUCUGCUGUUUCUUCAACUAAAUGACAACAAUCUUAAUGGCGAUCCUCUUCAUUUCAUCAGUAAGCUUCACGAGUUGGAGGUUCUCAAUUUAGAGAACAACAACUUUGGAGGGAGUAUAUCGAAUGUGUUUGGUUCACUCAACAACCUCAAGAUUCUUUCUCUAAGCUCAAACAAUUUCAAUGGGUCAGUCCCCAAAGAGAUUCUCAAUUUGCAUCAACUCCAAGUAUUCGACUUAUCGAGAAACAAUCUCACAGGUUUACUUCCUAGGGAAAUAGGUAAUUUAAUAACGCUAAGAAGUAGAUCUAAUGAUACGUCCAAACUUACCGGCGGUGCGUAUCUAGUUGACUUGCACUUGCAGAUGGUGAGCAAAGGGAUUAUACAGUUUCAGAAACUGUACACCUAUAGUUCAGGAAUCGAUUUGUCGUCCAACAAUCUUGAGGGAGAAAUACCUGAAGAAAUAGGUCUAUUAAAAGGGCUCUACAUGCUAAAUCUGUCACACAACCGCCUCCUGGGUAAAAUACCACAGACUAUUGGAAGUAUGAAUGGUUUAGAGUCCUUGGAUUUGAGUUUCAACAAGUUGUCUGGAUUUAUCCCGCCAUCUUUUGCAUCAAUGGAUUUCCUUGGUUACUUGAACCUAUCUUAUAACAACUUGAGUGGCAUAAUCCCAAGAGGACCUCAUUUUGAUACAUUAGGCGGUGAUAGUUCAGCAUAUGUCAAUAACAGUUUCCUGUGUGGGUACCCGACCGAGAACGUUUGUGAGGGCGAUCAGAGCAGCAAUACUAGUGAUACCUACUUACCAAGUGGAGCUGAUGGAAAUGAUACAAAUGAUAAGUGGUAUUUGUAUGGUGCUGUUGCUUUGGGGAUUAUAGUUGGAUUUUGGGGUUUGUUCUUCUGUUUACUUUUGAAGAAAGAUAAAUGGUGGUUCGGCUAUUGGAGAUUCAUUGAUAAUAUUUCAGUUAAAAUUGUUAAUUUUUUCUUGAGCGAUUAA